AUGUCCCAAUUUCUGCGUGAUAAAUGCAAAUCGAUUCUAACUCAUCUAUCGAAAGAGCUGGAAAUGAGGAAAGGAUUGAAAUGGUUUGUCAGUGUGAAAGCGAGAUUCAUCAAAUCAAAAGUGGAUGGCGAAGACCUAUUCAGUGAACCGCAUUUUCGCAACCUGUGUACUACAACGGUUAAUGUUCACGACAUGAAGAAACAACUACAAGAAGCUUCUAGCAAAAUUCUGGAUUCCUUGGCGAUCUAUCAGAAGGAAGGAAGCAAGUGGUGGAUUCUAGAUGAAAUACUUCAUUUAUACCUCAACAUGGCGAAAUACACUCCACUCAAUGGUUCCAGUUAUAUUCCUUACCGUAAAUAUUCAUUUAUAGAAAGCCAUAAUUAAUGUUGAUAAUUCUGAUAACAAGUGUUUUAUGUGGUACAUUCUCGCCGCUCUGCAUCUAAUUCCUCAUCAACGUCAUCCAAUGAACUAAACUUUGAUGGUAUUUAAUUCUCUGUUACUGUUAACAAGAUCGGAAGAUUUGAACGUCAGAACAACAUCUCAGUGAAUGUAAUUGGUUUCGAAGAUGUACUCUUUCCCAUCCACCUUACGAAGAGCACUUUGAUACUCACGUCAAUCUAUUAUUAUUCUCCCAGGGAACAACCAGACAUUACUCCCUCAUCAAAGAUUCGAAUAAAUUAAUGUAUGAUCAAAAUGAUCGUAAAUAUCGAAUCUUCUAUUGCAAUACUGUCAACAUGGAUAUAUCCGAGAAGACCUUCUACAAGACCAUGAUUCGCACUGUUUUCAACAUGGCGCCUAGCGUGUUGAAUUACGGAAUGAAGACAACGCUUCACUCCAUUUCAAAGAUUAUUACAAACAACUCAAGGUACCAUUCGUUAUUUAUGCUGAUUUUGAAAGCGUCACAGCCAAAAUCGACUCAGUUUCCCCAAAUCCAACUAAAUCAUCUACCGAGAAAUAUCAACACCACCAACCUUGUGGAUUUUCGUCUAUAAUCGUGUCAGAGGCAGAAAAAUACAACAAACCUCCUGUCGUUUAUCGUGGCGAGGACGCCGUGGAUAAGUUCCUCGAGUGCUUAGAGACAGAAUAG